UUUCUUAGUUAGUGACGAUAUCUUCGUCUCAUUUUGAAUGUUGAUUAUUCGGAAUGAUGAGUUUGUUUGAAGAGAACAGGUAAAAUGUCUCUGCAUGCAGAUAUAUCAUAGAAUUGUGACUUCAAGCCUGACUAGCGUUAGCUUACUUGCUACAAGGGGAACAGACAAGGUAAGACAGUGCCAAGCGAGUGAGUUUGGCCAAUUUUAGCGCCCCAGUCUUCUAGCAACACGGUGUUUGCUGUCUUCACCUACGUCGAAAAACGCGAGUUCCCCUUUUCACUAAGCCGGGUAGUGUCCACUGUCGUCAAGGUAACCAUGAACAUUCUUCCGAAGAAGAGCUGGCACGUUCGCAACAAGGACAACGUCGCGCGAGUGCGGAAAGACGAAGCCCAAGCAGCUGAAGAGGAGCGCGAGGCAAAGCGUCGCGUGGAACGUGCUGAGCAAGAGGCACGUACAGAGUAUUUGAGAAGGAAAUCCAGGGCUGCUCUCCAGUCCGAUGGAGAGACCAAGUAUGAUGUUGAUGAAGCACGGACUACAGGAAGUGAAGUUUUGGAGCAUCUCAAUCUUUUUCCCCUGGAGGAGUCCUCAGAAAAGAAGGGGAAUGAGGAAUAUCUCAAAGAAAAGAAAGAUGAAAAGGAGAAACAGGAACGAGCCAUAGGCUUGCUGGUGUCUCUGGGGCCCCAACCAGGGACGGAGGUCACACCGUGGUACAUGAAAACCAGUAAAGAAAAAGAAGAGGAGAAAGAAAAAGAAGAAAGCAAAGAAAAAGGAAAAAGGAAAGGAAUUAGUGAAGAGGAGAAAGAGAAGAAAGACCGCAGACUGAAAGACAGUUUAGAUCCAUUAAAAGAUAUGAAGAAAGCACUGGCUAUAAAGGACAGAAAACAUCACAAGGGCAAGAAAUCUGAAAAAAGAGACAGAAGGGAAAAGAGGAGCAGUGGAGAGAGUUCCAUAGAAAGGCUUCGUGCUGAGCGUUUGGAGAGGGAGGCAGAAGAAAGGAGGAGAGCUCGAGCCCUGCUGGACCAGAGGAAUGGCAAGGGGAAGGAGUCGACGAGGGAAACGACUGAGAGGGAGAGACCGUACAACAGUGCAUACUUCCCAGAACUAGCCCGAAAGCGUCAAAGAAGGGAUCGAGAUAGCUGGAGAGAUGAAAUAUUAAAGUCAUGAACAAUCUUCAUUGGUCAUGGAACAAGUGUGAUCUGUGAUGGAUGAUCAGUGGACAGUUAUUUUGAGUUUUUUCAAAGAACAUACUUGUGCCUUGGUUCAUUUUUAUUUAUUUAUUUUUCAUCCAGAGUGGAUCAUUCAUGCAGGAGAGUCAGAUUUAGUUUUGGGUUCCUUGGUCUGUGCAGCAUUUGCUCAUGAUCAUGUCUGCGGAGCAGGUGGUGGCCUCACAGGGGGCUUGAAGUCCAGGCUGUCAGCAAAAAAACAACAUUCAGUAACAGCUGUUAAAAUCUUCUAUAUUAAAGCAAAAAAUUAAAUUGGAUUAUAAGGUGACAAGAAGUUCAGACAGGAAUGUAGCUGCACCAAAUGAUAGUAUUUGUCAUUUAA